UGCCGCUGGUCUAGUCUUUCGAUAUGCACUGAGAGCAUGUUCCUCAUUGUUCCAAAAUUACGCCAACAGAAGCCAGCGCCGCAAGUUACAGACCCGGGUCAAGAGCUUGCGCAUACGACCGACUCGACACCAAAACAUCUUCGCGGUCCUGCUCGUGUCCAGAGUGCAUGUGACGAAUGUCGCGCGCGAAAGAUAAAGUGUAAUGGUCAGAACCCAUGUGGUCGCUGCCGGGCGCGAAAUAUAGUAUGCGUGUUCAAUUUCGCAGAAGCGAAGAAGCGCUUGAAAGGGCCCUUGACGGCGGCGCAGGCGUCUACACUGGAAGCGCAGCAAACACGUCUAGUCGAUGCCAUCAAAAGCAUGUCUGCCAAGAUAAAAGACCUUGAAGCAUCCCUGUCUACCAAGCGAGACAAUGGUACAGACGAUGACGAUGCCAGAGGACCCGAGACACAGCAAUUGCCUGUCACACAGGAUGAAAACUUCGACCUGAAUGCCGUCCUCGACAAGUACGCACCUCCUUGGAGUGACAACAAUCUUUUGCCUUCAGCAAGAGAGUCAGGUCAAAUUGUGUUCAGCAACAAGCGACGGCGUACCGAUCAGUCAACUGUCUCUCACAGGCAAAGCAUGAUAUCUCAUCUCCCCAACUCGACCGGAUUGCCGUUAGUCAACAACUAUACAUCUGAUCUUGGUCCGACAUUUUCGGACCGCAGCUCUGGACUAUCAGCGAACGAGCUGGGAACUACCCUUGGAACUAGUGUUCCCUACGAUCAGAUGAUUGUGUCUCAGUCUAACGACUCUCUUGUGCCAUUCCAACUCUCUGCAGGGUUCACGAGAGAAACAUCAGACUCGCUACAGAUUACCGUCGAGGAUACGAACGAUUUUCCAGAAUUGAUGAUGGAUUCGAUCGAGCCGGGGGCCGGCACGAUGCUGCCGCCGUCGAUCGAAGAGCUUUACCUCCAGUGCCAGAACAUGGACGCGCUCAUGGAAUCGAUUGACUGGGACACGAGUCGAGCACUAUCUGCACGCCUUCUCCGUUAACCGCGAGAGCCGCCCAUGCCUGUGGCGUGCCGGGAAAUCGGCCAACGAUCAAGCGUAUCUCUUUUGACAUAUAUCUUCCGGUAAAGACAUGCACCUCGGCAUAAUAAGUCCAGUGUCAUGGCAGUAGGCGAUCUCGAGUUUCUCGUCCCUAUAGAGAAUGUGUGCCGGUUAAGGCGAAGUCUGAGAGACCUGGACGAAUCAGACUCAUUAGCGUUUCCGCACUUUCCGUCAGCGCCGAUCCGGUCA